AUGAUAAGCUACCUCUUUCUUCUGAAGGCGCUUCUAGCUUUUGGGUUCCUGGCAUCCUGGGUAACAGCAGAAGAGCAUGUGAAAGAGGGAGAAUGCCCUCCUGAUGAGAACCCGUGUAAAGAGCUGUGCCAGGAUGAUGAGUCAUGUCCUCCUGGGCAGAAGUGCUGCAGCACGGGCUGUGGUCAGGUCUGCCGAGAAUACUUUCCUAUAGGGAUGAAAAGAAUCUGUCCCAGGAUUGUUCGGAAACGAUCCUGUUUUAAAAGUUGCACCACCGAUGACACAUGUCCAGGUGUAAAGAAGUGCUGUACGUUUGGCUGCAGCACAGCCUGUGUGGCCCCAGUCUCUCAUUUCAAGCUGGGGUCUGAYGGUGAAUGUCCCGAGGACCCCCUUCCCUGUGAGGAGCAGUGUGACGGGGAUGCGGCCUGUCCUCUGGGGCACAAAUGCUGCAGCACCGGCUGUGGCCACACCUGCCGUGGAGACAUCAAGGGAGGGCGGGCUGGGAAUUGUCCCACCUUUCUGGUAGGCCUGUGUAUCGUGGAAUGCAUGAUGGAYGAGAACUGUCAAGCUGGGAAGAAGUGCUGCAAGUCAGGAUGCGGCCGUUUCUGUGUCCCACCGGUCCCGCUACCCCAAAGGUCCUUGAACUUCAACAGGACCCUCAGGUCUGAUGUGAAUUAG